GCUGCUGAGCGGGCCGGCGGCCAUUUUGUGAAGCGGCGAAGGAGGUGGUUGCUGCUGUGGGCUCCGGGAAGCCGUUCGGGCUGGGGCUGUCGGCCGCGGGGCGGAGGCACUCGCGUGGGGGUCUAAAAGUUGGUUUUAAUUGGUUGCCCACAGGAUUGACUUGGCCUCUACUUCUUGUUAAGAAAAUACAUCUCUUGUUUUAUCAGGUGUGUGUGGUUUCAGCGCAGCAUGGCUGUGGUCAUCCGUUUGCAAGGUCUCCCAAUUGUGGCGGGGACCAUGGACAUUCGCCACUUCUUCUCUGGAUUGACCAUCCCUGAUGGGGGCGUGCAUAUUGUAGGGGGUGAACUGGGUGAGGCUUUCAUCGUUUUUGCCACUGAUGAAGAUGCAAGGCUUGGUAUGAUGCGCACAGGUGGUACAAUUAAAGGGUCAAAAGUAACACUAUUGUUGAGUAGUAAAACAGAAAUGCAGAAUAUGAUUGAACUGAGUCGUAGGCGUUUUGAAACUGCCAACUUAGAUAUGCCACCAGCAAAUGCUAGUAGAUCAGGACCGCCGCCUAGCUCAGGAAUGAGUGGCAGGGUAAACUUGCCUACAACAGUACCUAACUUUAAUAAUCCUUCACCCACAGUAGUCACUGCUGCUACUUCUGUUCAUGAAAGCAACAAAAAUAUACAGACAUUUUCCACAGCCAGCAUAGGAACAGCUCCUCCAAAUAUGGGGGGUUCCUUUGGGAGCCCAACGUUUAGUUCAACCAUUCCAAGCACAGCCUCUCCAAUGAAUACAGUCCCACCGCCACCAAUUCCUCCAAUUCCAGCGAUGCCAUCUUUGCCGCCAAUGCCAUCUAUUCCCCCAAUACCAGUUCCUCCUCCAGUACCUACAUUGCCUCCUGUGCCUCCUGUACCCCCAAUUCCCCCAGUACCGUCUGUGCCACCCAUGACUCCACUGCCACCCAUAUCGGGCAUGCCACCCUUAAACCCGCCACCUGUGGCACCACUACCUGCUGGAAUGAAUGGUUCUGGAGCACCUAUGAAUCUGAACAAUAAUCUGAAUCCUGUGUUCCUGGGUCCAUUGAAUCCUGUUAACCCUAUCCAGAUGAACUCUCAAAGUAGUGGGAAGCCACUUCCCAUCAACCCUGAUGAUCUGUAUGUCAGUGUGCAUGGAAUGCCCUUUUCUGCAAUGGAAAGUGAUGUCAGAGAUUUUUUCCAUGGGCUCCGUGUUGAUGCAGUACAUUUGUUGAAAGAUCAUGUAGGUCGAAAUAAUGGGAAUGGAUUGGUUAAGUUUCUCUCCCCUCAAGAUACAUUUGAAGCUUUGAAACGAAACAGAAUGCUGAUGAUUCAACGCUAUGUUGAAGUUAGUCCUGCCACAGAGAGACAGUGGGUAGCUGCUGGAGGCCAUAUCACUUUUAAGCAAAGUAUGGGACCUUCUGGACAAACCCAUCCCUCUCCUCAGACAAUACCCAGGUCAAAAUCGCCCAGUGGGCAGAAAAGGUCAAGGUCAAGAUCACCGCAUGAGGCUGGUUUUUGUGUUUACUUGAAAGGGCUACCAUUUGAAGCAGAAAACAAACAUGUCAUUGAUUUUUUUAAAAAGUUGGAUAUUGUGGAAGAUAGUAUUUAUAUUGCUUAUGGACCCAAUGGGAAAGCAACUGGUGAAGGCUUCGUAGAGUUCAGGAAUGAGGCAGACUAUAAAGCUGCUUUGUGUCGUCAUAAACAGUACAUGGGCAAUCGUUUCAUUCAAGUUCAUCCAAUUACUAAGAAAGGUAUGCUAGAAAAAAUAGAUAUGAUUCGAAAAAGACUACAGAACUUCAGCUAUGACCAGAGGGAAAUGAUGUUAAAUCCAGAGGGUGAUGUCAACUCUGCCAAAGUUUGUGCCCACAUAACAAAUAUUCCAUUCAGCAUUACCAAGAUGGAUGUUCUUCAGUUUCUAGAAGGAAUCCCAGUGGAUGAAAAUGCUGUACAUGUUCUUGUUGAUAACAAUGGGCAAGGUCUAGGACAGGCAUUGGUUCAGUUUAAAAAUGAAGAUGAUGCACGUAAGUCUGAACGCUUACACCGUAAAAAACUUAAUGGGAGAGAAGCUUUUGUUCAUGUAGUUACCCUAGAAGAUAUGAGAGAAAUUGAGAAAAAUCCUCCUGCCCAAGGAAAAAAGGGGUUAAAGAUGCCUGUGCCAGGUAAUCCUGCAGUUCCAGGAAUGCCCACUGUGGGAAUGCCUAGUGCAGGAAUGCCUGCUGCAGGAAUACCCACUGCUGGAAUUCCCACUACUGGAAUAUCCGGUGCUGGAAUGCCUGGUGCUGGGAUGCCUGGUGCUGGGAUCCCCGGUGCUGGGAUGCCUGGUGCAGGGAUGCCCAGUACGGGAAUGCCUGGAGCUGGAAUGCCUGGUGCUGGGAUGCCCAAUACUGGGAUGCCCGGUGCAGGAAUGCCAAAUGCAGGAAUGCCCAGUGCUGGAAUGCCUAGUGCAGGAGGUGAAGAGCAUGCCUUCCUGACUGUAGGAUCUAAGGAGGCCAACAAUGGGCCUCCAUUUAACUUUCCUGGUAAUUUCAGUGGGUCAAAUGCCUUUGGCCCACCACUACCUCCUCCAGGAUUAGGAGGGGCCUUUGGUGACGCUAGACCUGGUAUGCCUUCAGUUGGAAAUAGUGGUUUGCCUGGUCUAGGACUGGAUGUUCCCGGUUUUGGAGGUGGACCAAAUAAUUUAAGUGGGCCAGGAUUUGGAGGAGGCCCCCAGAAUUUUGGAAAUGGCCCUGGUAGCUUAGGUGGCCCCCCUGGCUUUGGAAGUGGCCCUCCUGGUCUUGGAGGUGCCCCUGGACAUUUGAGUGGGCCACCAGCCUUUGGACCUGGCCCAGGUCCUGGUCCUGGCCCAAUCCACAUUGGUGGUCCCCCUGGCUUUGGAUCUAGUUCUGGAAAACCAGGACCAACAGUGAUUAAAGUACAGAAUAUGCCCUUCACUGUGUCUAUUGAUGAGAUUUUAGAUUUCUUUUAUGGCUAUCAAGUGAUCCCAGGCUCAGUGUGUUUAAAAUACAAUGAAAAAGGUAUGCCCACAGGCGAAGCCAUGGUAGCCUUCGAAUCUCGGGAUGAGGCCACAGCUGCUGUCAUUGAUUUAAAUGACAGGCCUAUUGGCUCAAGGAAAGUAAAACUUGUAUUAGGGUAGCUAUUCAUAUCAGUUCUUUAUAAGGUAGCUCUUCAUAGUGCUGUGAUAAUGCAUCCAGAUUGUUUUCCUAGUAUUUCCAGGUUAGAACCUGUGGAUUGUUUCAAUUGCAUAUAGAUUGGUUUUCAUAACAUAUAGUAUUGGUUGACUGUUUACACAGAAGACUCACUACCAGGAUAAACAUUGCUGUAUGUUACAGUAAAGCUAUCUGGAGAGAACACAAAAAUGAUUUUGGCAUACCAUUAGAGAAUCUAUUUGUAAAACUCAAAUGACCACAUAAAGCUUAUCAAGGAGUCUAGAUUGGUUUUGUUUUAUACCAUAUGGGAUGAAGAAAAUAGAAAUGUCAAUAGAGCUCAUUAAGGGUGUUCUUGCCAGCUGCUACUAUUGGAAUUUGGUUUAAUGCUGGACAGAUUUGCUUUGUUAUAGGAUCAAAGCUUUGUCUAAAGUCUUCAUUUUCUUUUAAAAAUUAAAUAAAAUCUCUGUAUACAGAUUCACUGUAUGUACCUUUAUUGCUUCUUGAGGGUUAUUGCUGUAUAGAGAGUCCUGCUUCUGAAGUUGCUGCUUUGUUUGCCUAAUUGACUCAUUUGUAAAUGAGCAGAACUGUUUUGUUGUUGUUCUUUUAAUAUAAAACUCCACACUUGGUUUGUGCUUAUAACCUUGAACUCUGAUUUCUAAUGUCACACUUAAAACUGUGUGGAAUAAGACUUUUGCCACAAAAAUAAAAUAUGGAGACCUUUACCCACCAGAGCCUUUUUGGUUUGACUGCCAAGCUUAGUUUAAAAAAUUGUUCAUGUUGUUUGGAUGGCCUCAAAAAUCAGAAACCAUUUUUAAUAAUCACUGUUUAAGGUGCUUUAUUUGAAGUCCAUCCAUGGAUUUCCAAUGUUCUUGCAGUUUCCUUGUGUCCCAAAUUUAUGUGAAAUUUUGGUCUGUAAACAAAAAGGGUCCAUUCAUAAGAAGGAGCAUACUAUCUAGAGCUUUUAAACUGAACUUGAAAUUGUUAGCUUUGUUAGUAAUAGUGUUACAGAAUGAAAGAUCCAUAAGCUGGUCUGUGGAUUUAUAUGCAUUUAAUCCCGUUACUUGGAGACUUGGGCCUAGCUGUUUGAUCGGGAUCCCGUUGGUAAAAGUUCUUCAUAUCGUGUAUUGAAUGCAACUACCAGAUGGAAGAGAAUUAAGAUUCCUUUCCCUUUUAUAUGCUUUUCUUUGGCAUUCAGGACAGUAAGGCAGGAGGACCACAUGGGUUCUGGUUGGUAAGUGUCCUUGUCAUAAAAACAUUUGCCUUAUAACAUCCUGCUCACUGCCACAAAAAUGCUCUAUUUAUGGCUACUUUCCUUCUCAGUUAAAAUGACCUAAGGAUGUGUCAUAAACGUGGAAUGGGAGAUUGGUGAGAGAUCAUGAAACCAAAAUUUUUCUUUUACAUUGACCUGUUGUGGUUUGAAACAUUCCCAACAUUUCCUAAUCAUUGUACUUACAAAGAGGUCAAACUUCUAAAAGAAAUAAUUUACUAUUUAAAAAAAUAAUAGUGCCUUUUUGGUGUUGCAAGUCAGAGAAACACUGAAAUACAGUGUCUUGGUAAUUUAGAUUUAAGAGUAGCAACAGUUUCAUUGGUGUGAUAAGAUUUGGAAAGCCUUUUCAUCCCUACAAUCUUAGAGGACUGACAGUACAGGCUAUUUUGUUUAAGGAAAGGGUUAUUAGAGUUUCAAAGAAGACAUGGCUGUGUUGUGGGUCUUUUGAUAAUUUAUGAAUAUAUAUUUGCUUUGACAGAUCACUAGUUAACUGCCUCCUCAAUUAAAAAAGCAAUAUGUUGUAUAUGCUGUUCAAUAUAAGUUUUCUGUUAAGUAAUUAUUUCUCAUUCCAAAGACAGAGUACAAAAAACUUCAGCGCUGCUUGGGAGUCUUAAUUCAACUAUUUUCCCCUUGGAAAGCCGACUAUUUUCAUUUUAGAAAAACGGGUUGUUUAAAGAUGAAAGUUUUGUCUUUUUUUACAUUUUAUUUGGUUAUGUGUUCGUAAUUCUUAUUAAAUAUCUCAUACACUUUUAUUGCAACUACUUUGUUAUUUCUACAUCUUAGAUAAAUACUGAGGAAAACGUGAUCUCAUUGUUCAUCAAAUUAAAUAAAUUAAUAGUGGUUUGUAUAGAAACUGGAGAGAACUAUGUUUCACAUUUGGUUGAAUCACAACAGUGCUUUUCUUGUUGUGAAAUGUAAUUAAAUGCUUUGCCCUCUGGAACUUGA